AUGUCGACGUGGAACAAGCACUACCAUUGGAAGACAAAGGGAUGCACGCCAUGGGCGAAGGAAUGGUUCACUAGCCACCUUGUUGGUCAAAAGGUGCCGCUAAGCAAAGACCCUGACGCAUGUGUCAAGGUCGACAAGCUCACAGGCUUUGAAGGUGACGUCGAGCUGGGCAACAGGAAAGGCAAGCUGAUCACUAUCUACGAGUGCGCUAUUACUCUUGCAUGGUCUGGCCAGACAGAGGACGGAACGAGUGCAAAUGGUACUAUCAAGUUCCCAGAGGUGUCGCAUGAGAACGAAGACAAUGACGAGGCGUACCUCUUUGAGACCGAGCUGCUUUCCGAGUCUUCGAGCGCUGCUUUGAGCAUGUACGAAGUGGUUCGAAAGAAGCUUGUUCCGGCUCUAGAGGAAGUGUUCCAUGGUUUCCGUAAGGACCUUAUAGAGUCGCACGCUAAGGACCUGGGGCAUGAUGACGAAGGCCAAAACGCCGCCAAGACAUCCGCACAGGCUGCACCAAGCGCGGCUGCAUCCACCCCAUCUGUAGUUGGUGCAUCGCGCUCCGACAAAACUGGUGGUUCUGUAUCUACCAGCGCAGCAGAGGUCCGCGUCGCCAGCCACCUGGCCAUUAGCCAGGCGGAUCUAUGGGACUUGCUUACCAAUCCGCUUCGGAUCCCCAUGUGGAGCAAGGCACCAGCGCAAUUCUCGCCGAACGUGGGCGCCAACUUCUCACUGUUUGGCGGCAAUAUCUCUGGCUCCAUUGUUCAAGUGACGGCGCCGACUAGGUUGACACAGACGUGGCGCAUUCCGCAGUGGCCAGCUGGGCAUCAUGGUACUCUCACGACGGAGCUCACGCAGGGUGAUGACUCGACCAAGCUCGAAUUGGUCCUGAGCGGUGUGCCGCUGGGCGAGGAAGACCAUGCUCAGACAGGCCUGGAGACGUAUUAUAUCCGUGGUCUCAAGUCCAUUGGCCUCGGAACAAUUUUGUAG